GCCAUGAAACCUCAAAUUGGCAUGCCGUCGUCUGAAACAAAGCUUGAAAGAUGCAGAUCUUCGUGAAAACCCUAACUGGUAAGACCAUCACCCUUGAGGUCGAAAGCAGUGAUACCAUCGACAAUGUCAAGGCCAAGAUCCAAGACAAAGAAGGAAUUCCUCCAGACCAGCAGCGUUUGAUCUUCGCUGGUAAGCAGCUUGAAGAUGGCCGCACUCUUGCUGACUACAACAUCCAGAAAGAGUCAACACUUCACUUGGUUUUGAGGUUGAGGGGAGGAAUUAUUGAGCCUUCAUUGAUGGCUUUGGCCCGUAAAUUCAACCAGGACAAGAUGAUUUGCCGCAAGUGCUAUGCGCGUCUCCAUCCCAGGGCUGUGAAUUGCCGAAAGAAGAAGUGUGGGCACAGUAACCAGCUGAGGCCAAAGAAGAAGAUCAAGUAAGCUAUUGCAGAUUGCUGUAUCAUCAUUCAAGUUGGCUGUCAUGAGAGUUUCAAAGUUUUGGCCGGGUGUACUCUAACCAAGGUUGCCCGUCUGUCUGUAUUGUGUUUGUACCUUAAGUUAAUGUUGUCUGUAUUUUGUUCUUUGCAAACAAUUACUCAUGUUGGCCGUAGGAUGAUGCAGUUUUUGUUUGUGUGCGUGUUUUAGAAUGGUUGAAUCUGUUGUAUUGAUAGAACAGUCCUGAUAUAUUGAGUAACAUUUUGAUCUAUGAUUUUGGAAUUUUCUAGCAAUUUUGAUUUUUGAA